UGUUUUUUUGUUUUCUAUGAAGCUGAGUAGAAAACUGACGAUGGAGUUGAAGAGUUAGUUGAUGAAGCUGGUUGAUUAGAAUGGCUGGUUAAGAUGUUCUCAGAAUACAGGAUUCAUCCAGCUCUGCUUCACCUGCUUUACUGUCUGCUGUGCUCAGCUGGAGAAGAGGUUCUCAGACUGCAGGAGCUGGAGGGAAACACUGUAACCAUCCAUACUGGAUUAACUGGAGUUCAGAGUGAUGCUCACAUACUGUGGUUUUAUGGUCCUGAGAAUGUAGAUAUAAAGAUAGUGAACAGUCAGAUCAUUAGAGGAGAGAUUAUUACAGACUAUGACAGUGAGAGAUUCAGAGACAGACUGCAGCUGAACAGAAACAGUGGAUCUUUAACCAUCAGAAACAUCAGCAGAGAAGAUCCUGGACUUUAUAAACUACAGAUCAUUACCGAGAGAACUUCAGUCUGGAGUUUCAAUGUUAAAGUCUAUGCUCCAGCAUUAAAGCCAGUCAUAAGAAAUCAAGCUGAAAAGCGCUCAGUGAGUCUCAGAGAGUCGUGUUCUUCUCUGUGCUCUGUGGAGAAUGGGAAGGAUGUGAGUUUGUCCUGGUAUGAAGAGAAAGAGAGAAUCUCCAGCAUCAGUAGCUCAGAUUCCAGUGAACGUCUUUAUCUUCCUCUGAAUGUAACCAACCCAAACUACUCUACUUACACCUGUGUAGCUGCUAAUCCAGUUAGCAAUCAGACAACCCAGCUCGAUGUUACAGAACUGCUAUAAAUCAGAUCCACCUGAUAAUUACAGUCUCAGAUCUGAAAGCUGAGAAAGAUCCCGAAUCACUGGCUGCUGUUCUGAUACCUGCUGGACUGAUUGUUGCUCUAUCAGUAUUAUUUUUGCUUUAUUGGACAAAGAUGUCAAAGCAACAAGUUUAUCAGUACGCUAAGCUGAAUUAUGCUGAAGUAAAAAGUACAUCUCAGUAUUCAGAGGAAGCUCAUAAGGUAA